CCAAAAGAAUCUUUAGUAGUCUUUCAUUGAAUGAAGGAUGGUCCACUAGGUAGGGGCCAAUUAAGUUAAUUUCACAAAUAAUUUAAUUAAGAGCUAAGCAGAUUGCGUGUGAUAAGACUAUAUAAGGCUCCCAGCAUCUCAGCAAGAGCAUAUUAGCAAUGGAGUGCGGCUUUUAUAAGCACAUCUGAGACAGACUGGAAUUAAUUGUGUUAAGGUGGUGGCCCCUUAUGACGUACUCUUGCAACUAGAUAGGACCCAGUUCAGAUACGAGGGAAAUAAUCUCAUCCAUUGAACCAGUUCAGUUCGAGCCGGCAAGAUCAAGCUCAUCUAAAAAUGUCAGGAAAAUAUUGCUUUGCUAUUGACAGAGGUGGAACUUUCACUGAUCUGCUUUGCAUUUGCCCCGAUGGAAAAAUAAAAACUUUGAAACUUUUAUCUGAAGACCCAGAACGGUAUCCAGAUGCUCCACGGGAGGGAAUCAAGAGAAUUCUCCAAGAGGAGACCAGUGAUGCCCUGACACCUGAUGGACUUGUUAACACAUCCCAAAUCGGCUGGAUCCGAAUGGGAACAACAGUAGCUACGAAUGCCCUUCUCGAACGAAAAGGAGACGAUGUUGCUUUAGUGGUGAAUCGUGGUUUCAAAGAUCUUCUCUUCAUUGGCAACCAAGCCCGACCAAAAAUCUUCGCAUUGAAUAUCCAAAAACCAUCGAAUUUGUAUAAAAAAGUUGUUGAAGUUGAUUGUCGCAUCGUUCCUGCCCAGGAUGUUUGUCAACUCAAACACGAUUGGAAGCAAUUGGAUGGAGCUAGUGGGGCGAAAUACCUUGAGAAAAGUUCAGUGGAUCGGCAGAAAAUUAAAGAACAAUUAAAAGCAGUUUUGGAGGAAGGAAUCAAAUCAAUUGCCAUUGUCUUAGCUCAUAGCUAUGCAUGUCCGAUUCAGGAAUUAGAAAUCGGAGCAAUUGCAAAGGAGUUGGGAUUCAGUCAUGUAACUCUAUCUCAUCAAGCGAUGCCAAUGUGUAGAGUUGUGCCCCGAGGAUACACAGCCUGUGCUGAAGCGUAUUUGACUCCACAUGUAGAACGCUACAUUUCGAGUUUCAAGGCUGGUUUCAAAGAUGAACUCAAAGGGAUUGAAGUGCUUUUCAUGCAAAGCGAUGGAGGCCUUACUGGAAUGUCCAACUUCCGUGGAGCAAGAGCGAUUCUCAGUGGACCUGCAGGCGGUGUUGUUGGCUAUGCCGUAACUGGAACCCGAGAAACCGACCUUCCAUUGAUUGGUUUUGAUAUGGGUGGAACCUCAACCGACGUUUCCAGAUAUGCUGGCAAAUAUGAACAUGUCAUCGAGUCAACCACUGCAGGCGUAACGAUUCAAGCACCUCAGCUAGAUAUUAAUACUGUCGCGGCUGGUGGAGGAUCACGUCUCUUCUUCCGUUCUGGUCUCUUCGUUGUCGGACCUGAAUCGGCUGGAGCUCACCCUGGACCAACUUGCUACAAAAAGGGAGGGCCUUUGACUGUUACAGAUGCGAAUUUGAUGCUUGGACGAUUAUUACCACGAUACUUUCCCAAAAUUUUCGGUCCUAAAGAAAAUGAAGAACUCGAUGUGCAAGCUACAAGGAGGAAUUUUGAAGCUUUAAGAACAGAAAUUAAUAUUUAUUUGAAAGAGAAGGAAAACAGGGAAUUGAGCCUUGAAGAAGUCGCCAUGGGAUUUAUCCGUGUUGCAAAUGAAGCUAUGUGCCGACCGAUUCGGGCGUUAACACAAGCACGAGGAUUAGAUACUUCGCGGCAUGUCUUGGCCUGCUUUGGAGGAGCGGGUGGUCAACAUGCAUGUAGCAUUGCUCGGGAGCUGGGGAUGUCUAAGGUUUUAAUUCACAAAUAUGCUGGUAUCCUAUCUGCUUAUGGGAUGGCUCUAGCCGAUGUUGUUCAUGAAGCACAAGAACCCUGUGGUCGAGAAUAUUCGAAACAAAACUCAUCCUCAAUUAAGAUUCGACUUGAUGCCUUGAGUGAGGAAUGCAAUCAAAAACUUGGUACUCAAGGUUUCAAGGAAAUCGUUCUUGAACCAUAUCUUCAUCUACGUUACGAAGGGACAGAUUGUGCAUUGAUGUGUUCUUCGAAGAAAACAUCUUCAACAACUGCCGAUUCUAAGGACAUUCUACUCACAACUUAUGGAGAUUUCUAUACAACGUUCAUUGAACGCUACAAAAAUGAAUUUGGAUUCAUUUUGAAAAACCGAAAAAUUAUUGUUGAUGAUAUUCGCGUCCGAGGCUCGGGCAAAAUGGCCACCCCCUCCGAAGGAACCAUUCCAGGUCAGAACGUAACAGAUGCAAUUUCUGAGGGUGUAACGCCCGUUUACUUCGAUGGGGGUAUAUGUGAAUCCAAAAUUUAUUUAUCGUCAAAAUUCCAAGCUGGAAAUCAAAUUCAUGGACCAGCAAUUAUAAUCGACAAAUUGUCAACAAUUGUUGUUGAACCUGACUGCAUAGCAAAUGUUACGCCUGCAGGAGACUUAGUUAUUGACAUUAAAUCAAGUAAAGGUUGGCUGGUUGAUGAAAAAUUAGAUGCCAUUCAGUUGAGUAUAUUCAGCCAUCGCUUUAUGAGUAUUGCCGAGCAGAUGGGAAGGGUUCUCCAACGAACGUCGAUUUCGACUAAUAUCAAAGAGCGUCUGGACUUCUCUUGUGCACUUUUCGGACCUGACGGAGGACUUGUAAGCAAUGCGCCUCAUAUACCUGUGCAUUUAGGUGCUAUGCAAGAAACGGUACAGUACCAGCUUCGUGUACGUGGGGAAACGCUCAAAAAAGGAGAUGUCUUGCUAUCCAAUCACCCACAAGCGGGUGGAAGUCAUUUGCCCGAUUUGACUGUCAUAACACCAGUUUUUUAUGAAAACAAUAAAAAGCCCGUCUUUUUUGUUGCAUCUCGUGGUCAUCACGCUGACAUUGGUGGUAUAACACCGGGGUCAAUGCCACCGCACUCAACAUCCCUUGCACAAGAAGGAGCAGCGUUCAAGUCCUUCCUCAUUGUCGAAGGUGGUGUCUUCCGUGAAAAGGAACUUACUGAGAGAUUAACCACACCAACAGGUGCGAAAGGAGCUGUCGGAACUAGAAAUUUAGCAGAUAACCUUUCUGACCUUAAAGCACAAAUCGCCGCUAAUCAUAAAGGCAUUCAAUUAGUUUCGGAAUUGAUAGAUAUUUAUGGGUUGAAUGUAGUCCAGGCGUAUAUGAAAUAUAUCCAAGAAAAUGCAGAAGUAGCUGUACGAGAUAUGCUGAAAGAAAUCGCAAGGGAUACUAGAAAAAGAACUGGCACAACCGAACUCUACGCAAGGCAAAAAAUGGAUGAUGGAUCACCAAUUGAGCUUAAAAUUACCAUCGAUGAAAAUGUUGGCUCAGCGAUCUGUGACUUCACUGGCUCUGGAUACGAAGUGUGGGGUAACUGCAAUGCCCCUCGGGCCAUUACCCUAUCGGCACUUAUUUACUGCCUCCGGUGUAUGGUGGGACAUGAUGUACCGCUGAAUCAAGGAUGCUUGGCCCCUAUCAAGGUCAUCAUUCCGAAAAAUUCAAUUCUCGAUCCAUCUGACGGGGCAGCAGUCGUUGGUGGAAACGUCCUCACCUCACAACGAAUUGUUGACACUGUCCUGAAAGCAUUUAAUGUUUGUGCAGCUUCACAAGGUUGUAUGAAUAAUAUAACAAUUGGAGACGAAACUUGGGGUUACUAUGAAACAGUAGCUGGAGGAAGUGGAGCAGGUCCUGGUUGGAAUGGAGUCGGCGGUGUGCAUACGCACAUGACAAACACACGCAUCACAGAUCCUGAAAUUCUGGAGCUUCGCUAUCCAAUCAUUUUGAACAAAUUCUGCUUGCGUGAUGAUAAUUCAGGUGGCAGAGGAUUGUAUCGUGGUGGAGAGGGAGUUCAACGUGAAAUGCUUUUCAGAAAGCCAGUCACGUUGUCUGUAUUGACAGAAAGACGUAGUUUAAGACCUUACGGUAUGGCUGGAGGAUGUGAUGGGAAGUCAGGAAUAAAUCUGCUCAUUCGAAAUGAUGGACGCGUAAUUAAUUUGGGUGGGAAAACUGCAGUCGAGUUGGAAACUGGGGAUAUAUUUUCAAUGCGGACUCCAGGUGGUGGUGGAUACGGAAAAGAUUCCAACACAGCACAAAAGGAAAGCACAGAAACUGGAAACACAAAGGCUUUCCAGGAACGCGGAAGCGUUUAUGAAUAUCGUAUGGCACAAGAAUCAGUUUGAAACUCAAGCCAAAAAUACGGUUAAUUUUAUAACGAAAAUAUUCGCACUUGUUUUAAUAUACACAGACGUUGUUAUGGGUUUUGUUUGAAA